AUGUUUGCUGAAAUUAUGGAAAAGUAUUGUGAUAGAUUUUGGGUUGAUAGUGGAGAUACUAUCAUUAACUUUAUUCCAUUAGAAGCUGUUUGUGUAAAAGAUAGAGAAUUACUAUUGAGACUAAUCUCUGUUUAUAAUGGCAUGUUUGCUGCAGGAAGUGAAGAAUUGAGAGGAGACAAGGAAAUUGUAAGAGCAAUGUUAAAGUCAAAGUUUCAAACAUUCCAUGUUUUGGAAUUUCUAGCAGAUAAACUUGCUAGUGAUAUUGAGUUUAUUCUAGAAAUUGUGGAGUCGGAUCAUAGAUAUCUUUGCGGAGUUGAUGAAGACCUAUUGAAAUCUGAAGAUUUCAUGUCAAAAGCUGUUCAGAAAUCGAUUUAUUCCAUUGAAAGUGCAGAUGAAUCAUUAUUGUACAAUGAAGAAUGGUUUAAGAAAGUGUUACAAGAAAAUAAGCAUGUUUUUUUGGCUGUUAAUGAUAUAGAUAUACUAGGUUAUCAUAUUGAAGAUCCCUACAAAAACUCAAAAUUUGAAGACCUCCCAUUUGAAAUAAGGAAUGACAAGUGUAAAAUGAUACAAGUACUUAAAACCAAUGGCUAUUGUUUGAAAUUUAUUUCUGAUCAGUUGAAACUCGAUAGAGAAAUUACUUUAUGUGCUGUUAUUAAUGAUGGCUUGAGUCUUGAAUUUGCAGAUGAAUCUUUCAGAAAAGAUAAGGAAAUAGUUGAAAAGGCUUGUAUUUCCAAGUCACAGAGUUUUCAAUUUGCGCAUAAGAGCCUGAUGGAAGAUCCAGAAUUUGUUUUGAAACUUAUUGAAAUUGAUCAUUGUAUAUUCAGUUUGGCUUCCAUUAAGUUGAAAUCAGAUCCAGAAUUUUGCUUGAGAUAUUUAUCAAUAGAUCCAAAGUUGCGUAAAACUUUAGAAUGCUCAGAGCUUGGAAGUAAUAGAGAAUUUAUUAUGGACGCUUUACAAAUAAUUUGUGAGAAUAAGCCGUAUGACUGUCUUUUCGUGGAUUUACUGAAUGAAAAAUUACGUAAUGAUAAGGAAUUAAUAUUGAUAUCUUUAAGAGUUGAUAUUGAAAAUUAUGAGUUUAUUUCUCCACAACUCAAGCAAGACAAGGAUAUUCUAUUAUUCAUGGCACAAAAAUGUAGAAAAAUUACUGAUAUAGAAGUGCCAGAAUAUAUGAAAAAUGAUAGAGAAUUCGUGAGAGCUCUGUUAUCUAACGAUAGGUGUAAUGAUGGUUGGCUGGAAAUUAUUCCACCACACUUUUUGGAAGAAGAAGCUUUGGUCGAUGAAAUGUUAAAUAAUCAUCCAUCACUAAUUGAAUGUUUUCCACCAGAGAAACAAUUAGACCUCAUCAGAAAACACCCAGUUUCUUUAAUUUAUUCAUCCUCUGAGAUGCAAAUUGAACUGAUAGAUCUGCUCAUUGAAGUUAUGCAAAAAUACCCAAACUACUUUGACUAUAUUGAUCAUCAGAUUCAACAAGCUAUAUAUGAAAAAGAUAAGCAAACUGUUGUGGAAGUUUGUAAGAAGAAUACAUAUUUGAUUCAACAUUUGGCUUUGAAAGUUAAAUCAGAUCCUGAAAUAGUAUUAUCAUGCAUUAACAAAUUUGAAACAGCAUUUCAAUUUUAUUCAUUUGUACCACACGAAAUUAUGGAAGAUUGGGAAUUCAACCUGAGAGCUGUUCGGUCAUGUGGAUUUUUAUACCAUUACUCAAGGUUUACUGAUGAAACUCUAGAACUUGAAGCUCUAAAACAAUGUGGAUAUUUUUCACUUGAAUCACUGGAUACAAUGCAAGCUGAAUAUAUUAAGGACCUACUCUUCAAGAGAAUGAAAUUGAGCUAUUCUUCAGAUUUCUACCUUCCCAAAUACUUUACAACCCUUGAUUUUCUUUAA